AUGCUUAGUCUUGAUCUGUUCCACUUCACUCCCCUGCUAGAUGCGGCGGAAGUUUUUGUUAUCGUUUUAGCAGCCUUCAUGCUUUCUCUAUUGGCUUUUGAGUUUUUGGCUGCUGCCAGGCAGCAUCACAGGUCACAUGGGAGCCGCCCAGCUGUAAUAGCAAAGCAGAGAACGCUACGGGAGGUACAAGACAGCAAGUCAGAAACAGAGUGGGGUAAAAAAUUAAAGAGCUCAAGGAAAAAAGAUAAAAAUAAGCCGACAGUCCCUUCCAAAGACUUCAGAUCUGCCGAGGCGAGAGAUUGGGGAAAAAACGCCCCGGGAGAGAUGAAACAGAGAAAGGGGAAAAAAGUCUUGAAAAGGAGAAGUCUUUAUCCGGUAAAGGAAUUAAAGGCUUCAGAGCUUGAUAGCUCAGAGACAGACGAGCUUAGCUCCUCUGAGGAAGAGGAUUUAGAAGAUGAGGCAGCUCGCUAUGAAGAAGAAGGAUACUACCCAGAUGAACAACGAGCUAACAGCUUGGGUAAACAGAAGGAAGUGGGAGGUGGAAACCAUGCCGUUUCCCGGCCUAUAAGCCCCAGCGUCCCUCCAUCUUAUAUGGAGAGAUUUCACUCAGAUUCCUUCCUCACUAAAGAGGAACAGAAAAAGAUACAACAGGCAUUUCCGGUGUUUGAGGCCGACGAUAGAGGACGUGUUCACGCACCAGUAGAAUAUGUUCAAAUUAAGGAACUUGCUGAGUCAGUCUGUAACUAUGGAGUUAGUGCCAAUUUUACUAUUGCUCAAGUCGAGAGGCUUGCCACUCUGGCCAUGACUCCAGGAGACUGACAGACAACAGUGAAGGCUGCGCUCCCUAAUAUGGGACAAUAUAUGGAAUGGAAAGCCUUGUGGUAUGACGCCUCUCAGGCACAGGCCAAAGUCAAUGCCAUUGCUGAAGGCGAUCAGAGAGAUUGGACACUUGGUCUGCUAACAGGACAAGGGCAGUAUGCCAAUAAUCAAACAAACUAUGACUGGGGAGCAUACGCUCAAAUCUCCACUGCCGCCGUUAAGGCGUGGAAGGCACUUUCCAAGAAGGGAGAGUCUGGGGGACACUUAACGAGAAUUAUACAAGGCCCCCAGGAGCCAUUCUCAGACUUCGUGGCUAGGAUGACAGAGGCAACAGACAGGAUCUUUGGAGACCCUGAACAGGCAAUGCCUUUAGUGGAACAGUUGAUCUAUGAGCAAGCCACACAGGAAUGCAGAGCAGCUAUUACACCUAGGAAGAGCAAAGGAUUACAGGACUGGCUGAGAGUUUGCUGAGAACUUGGAGGCCCGCUUACUAAUGCCGGUCUCGCGGCUGCUAUCCUACAGGGCCAAAAGUGCUCAGGUACAGGUGAUCGCAGGGUCUGCUAUAACUGUGGCAAACCAGGACAUCUGAAAAAGGAGUGUCAGGCCCUCACAAAGAAGAGAACACCAGGACUGUGUACUAAGUGUUGGAAAGGCUGUCACUGGGCUAGUGAGUGUCACUCAGUUAAAGAUAUCAGAGGCAGGCUUAUUCAGCCCGGGCCUCCCCAGGCAGAAGGGGGUGAAAACACUCCAAAAAAUGGGUAUCUGGGCCCCAAGUCUCAGGGCCCCAAAACAUAUGGGACUCCAGCUCACAACAGAUGGACACCACGGUUCACAGAGCUACAAAAGGCUCAGCAGGAGUGGACCUCUGUUCCACCACCCAAUUCAUAUUAAUGCCACUGA